AUGCAAACUUCAGCUGUUGACAACAGAGUUUUGAAAGCUGAUUUAGAAACAUUGAGAGCCAAGGUAAAACUGGCUGAAGAGGCUGUCAGAAGAACUACUGGUUUGAACCAUCUGUUCCAUGCCUCACCUGAGAUAUUGACAAUGUGCGUCUCGUCGUUUGAUGGAAGUCCGUCUGAUACAUCAGUUGUCGCUGAUCCAGUGCAAGGCGGUCCAAAGCAUACCUUUUAUCGGGCUGCUGCAGACUAUCGUAUAUCCACUCAUGACCCGAGAAUAAACAAUGCAUGCACAGAUAUUUCUUCAGUUGAAAACAUACAAACAGAUUCCGGAGGAUCAGCGGUAACAGGAAACAAAAUUGGACAGACAGCUUCUUUGCAGCGAGUGGCUAGCUUGGAACAUCUGCAAAAGCGGAUCCGUGGAGGCGUAAGCCCUCGUGGAUCCCAGUCGAACGGGAAGCAAUAG